UCAAGAUAGAAAUGUGUUGCUAGAUUACGCAGGCGCCAACAUAGUCGUUUUGUCUUGCAACUCACUUUUUGGAAAUAUUUUUGUUACAUGAUCAACUUUCUAGUGAGAUUCAAUCAGGCUGUCUCAGACAAGGUUUCACGAAUAAUAUUGAGGGUCUAUCAGCACUGUUUUGAUUUUUUUUUGUUUGCCUGUGUCCAGUGUAUGGAAAGAUUCCGAUAAGGUCUUCUCCAAGCAAACUUUUAUGGUGAACCCAAUGUAAUUAAAUGAUGACGAUUUAGUUUCAUGGAACGCCUAGCUUUACUUGUACAACUCCAAGAAAAACUCUAACCAUGGCCGGCAAUGAAGACAAGUGGAUCGCUAUUCAACACAAAACCUUUGUCAACUGGGCUAAUGAACAGCUCAGUUUAGGUAACAGGUCUGUAGAAAAUCUUGCAGAGGAUUUGUGUGAUGGUGUUAGAUUGGUAGCCAUUGUUGAAGCUCUUCAAUUUAAAAAAAUAGGGAAAGUUUAUUCGCAUCCAAAUGGAAGAAUCCAAAUGUUGCACAAUGUUUCCCUAGCCCUUCAAGCAAUCGCAAGUGACAAUGUUAAGCUUGUAAAUAUAGGCAAUGAUGACAUUGUAGGAGGCAACCUGAAAUUAAUAUUGGGCCUUCUCUGGCAUCUUAUCAUCAGAUAUCAGAUAAGUUCUAACAAGUCGGCGGUCCCACCCAAAAAGUUGAUGCUCUCCUGGUUUCAGAAUGCUUUGCCUCAGAUGAAUAUCUCAAAUUUCACUUCAGAUUGGCGCAAUGGCAUAGCACUACAUGCAUUGAUCAACCAUCUCAAACCAGGCUUGUCCCCGAAUUGGUCCAAAUUAUCACCAAAUGACAGCAUUCAGAAUUGUAGAACAGCUAUGCACCUUGCCAAAGAGCAUUUAAAUGUACCAAGGGUGAUCUCCCCUGAAGAUUUUGCCAGUUCUAAUCUAGAUGAGUUGUCUGCCAUGACUUACCUGUCCUACUUUAUUCGUAAAAACUCUCCAGGGUAUUACAACACACUCAACUGGGUUUGCAAGCAGCUGAAGACCACAAACAUUAGCAAUUUAAAUACUGACUGGAAUGAUGGGUAUUAUUUAUGUGGCCUUGUAUAUUCACUUGGUGGGGAAGUACCUGGUUGGCCUAACUUAAAUAGAAACGAUCACCUGGCCAAUUGUCAGCUAGGCAUUGACUGUGCUAAGAAACUUGGUAUUGAUCCUAUUUUAACUGCUGCUGAGAUGUCUGACCCCAACGUAGACCACCUGACAGUCAUGGCCUACAUUAGCAAGUUUCAGACAGUCACACCCAGGAAAAGUAAGGCUGAAAAAAUAACACUGGACUGUGACCUGAGGGAUGUAACUGUAGGAAACUUGUCUCAAUUCCUGGUGAAAGUUGCUGAUGAAGACACAGAUGAAACCAAAGUGAAGGUGUGGUUGACUGGACCUGCAUCCAGCCCUCCUGUUCAUGUCACCUGGUCAAAGGGGAUGGCUACAUGCACCUUUCAACCUAGUGAAGCAGGUCUUCAUAAGCUUUAUGCACAGUAUGAUGGUACAGAGAUACAUGGAUGUCCUGUGACAUUCACAGUCCUGCAUGAUUUGAGUAAAGUCAGAGUAACAGGGCUGCCUGAUCCAUGUCAAGUUGGCAAAAAUUUUACUAUAGAGGUUUUCUGUUCAGCUGACUUGCUGGACUCGGUAGAGGUGAAGUUGAAAAGUCCAAUAGGGAAUGUGAACAUGCUCAACAAAACAUCCACCACUGAUGGACUUGUGGCUUCUUUCAAACCUAGUUUACCAGGUUUAUGGACUUACCAAGUUCUAGUUGGUAACCGUGAAGUCAACUCUACAAGUCUACAAGCAUUUGAUCCUUUAAAAGCUUGGUUGACAGGCCCAGAGCAUGGUGUUAUUGGAGAGGAGGCUUCUUUCAAUGUCAACAUACGAGACUGUGGCAGUUCUGACCUAGAGACUGAAGUGGAAUUUAGUGGAGGUCGCAAAAUAGAAGAUGUGAAGCUUGUUGGGCAGUCCGAUGUUCGACAGAUUGUUUUUCUUCCAAAGCUGUCUGGUGUCUACAGAGUCAAAGCCACCAUAAGAGGAGAACCAGUGAAAGGCUCUCCAAAAGCUUUAGAAGUGGUAGACCCAGGACAAAUAGUUGUCAGUGGUGAAGGGUUAGUGAAAGGCUACAAAGGUGUGGAAGCCUAUUACAAUGUAAAUAAACAAGGGUUGGCAGGGGAGAUAGUAACAACAGUAGAAGUCUCAGGACAAGUGGUACCUGUGGUCAAAGAGACCAUUAGCCAGAAUGAGUUCUUAUUUCAUUAUGUCCCAUAUCUGGUGGGCACAUACAAGAUUGACAUCAAAUGGGAUGGUAAACAUAUACCUGGCUCUCCAUUUUCUGCUCAAGUGACUGACAAGUCCAAAGUGAUCUUCUUGACCAACUUGAAUGAAAUGAAAGAUGACAAUGACCACAUAGCAUUAGAAUAUGACAAGGAGGUGUGUUUGGAGUUUGAUGUCAGCAGAGCUGGCCCUGGUAAACUGACUGGAGAGAUUCUGAGUCCUGUGGGCAAAUUACCUGUACAUGUCAACCAUGGCUCUGACUAUGUCAAAGUGUCUUUUAAAUCACAGCAUGAAGGGGAUCACUAUAUUCAUCUAUACUGGUCAGAUGUUCCUCUUGAUGUAAGCCCACUUCUUGCUUACUGCCCAGGACCCCCAAUGCCACUGGAUGCAAGCAAAGUGGUAGUUGUCGGGCGAGGAGCAGAGAUGGCCAGAGCUACUGUACCGGCCAGAUUUGUAAUUGAUGGAAAGAAAGCUGGACCUGGUGUGCCUAAAGUCAGACUUCAAGGUGUGCAGUCAGAGCUAGCUGUACAGAUAAGGCCACUUAAGUACAACAGAUACCAAUGCAUCUAUACGUCAAACUUGCCAGGCAGCUUUCUCUUGUUUGUUUACUGGUCAGAUGUCUUGCUUCAGUCCUGUCCUUUUAAAAUUACUAUAACUUCCAGGGGAGAUGUUAGAAAGGUCAAAGUCACAGGAGCUGGUUUGAAUGGUGGGAUAGCUGGAAAUGAAUUAUCGUUUUGUGUUGACACAGUGGAAGCUGGACCAGGUGAAGUGACAGCUGAAUGUCACAGCCAUCGGCAGUCUGCACUCUGUGACCUAUUGGAAACCAGCACUGGUAUCUACACACUGAAAGUGUAUCCUGCUGAGACUGAAAAAUAUAUUCUACAAAUACGCUAUGAUGGUGUCCAAGUGCCUGGGAGUCCAUUCAUUCUGAGAGUUGGGGAUCCCCCUGACCCAUCAAGAGUAAAAGUCUUUGGACCAGGGAUAGAGGAUGGUCACAUUGACACCUUUGAGUCCAGGUUUCUUGUGGACACUCAUGGUGCAGGAGCUGGUCAGCUGGCUGUCAAGAUUCGUGGUCCACGAGGUGGAUUUAAAGUAGAAAUGAGAAGAGAAACAGAGAAUGAAAGGAUUAUUAACUGCAGAUAUGACCCAAGUGAGCCAGGCAGCUAUGAAAUAGCUGUCAGGUGGUCAGGUCACCAUGUUCCUGGUAGUCCAUUCAAUGUCAGAAUUGUUGAGACAAGAGAGGAGCUGAAAAAACUCAUUUCAGAAAGAGGCUACAGACCACAUGAGAAACAAAUGGGUUGGAAGGCAGAAAUAUAACAGGCUUAUGACAAUCUGGUCUACUUUUGGAGACAG